AUGGCGGGCCAGACCCCCAUCUUGGACCAAUUCCUCCGCAGCAUCACCGAUUUGGUCCAGAACCGCGAUGGCGCCAAGUUGCAGGACUUCCUGCAGAUCGAACCCCCGCUUUCCGACAUCUAUCAGCAAAUGAUCCAGGAAUUGCGCCAGCGAUACCCUAGUCCUCAAGGCGAUAAUGGACUGCUGCAACGGUGUGAAGGACUGGUCCCGCGUACCAAAGGUAGCUCAUCGUGGAUGGCUUUCCCAACCUUUAUGAAGCUAUACUUUGCAUUCCUGCGCGAUGUGAACGUUGAUAACCUGCUGGAGACCUACAAUCGACUCAGGGGACUGCUGAACCAGUGCGUGAUGGCCCUCGGAGACAGUCAAAUGGGUGUCAUUGUGCUUCCAACCGUUCUUUAUCUGUCGAAAGUCCUGGCAAAAUUGGCUAUGGGAUUGGAUCGCCGACCCGAGCUCAUAGCGCAUAUCCUGCGCUCGGAGGGUCUUGUCGAUCGCGAGGAAAACAUCGAAAAAGUGACAUUGGUAGAACAGUCGGCGAAUGUGGUACGCGAAGCGUUUAUCAAGUGCUUGACCGACCGUUCCGGCACUCCAGGUCCACACGGGAAGCCCGAGGGCAAGCGCAUUGGGAUCUACCUCAUGGCCAAUCUAUGUCUCAAACUGCUUUUUCAAUGCGGUAAACUUCGAAAUGCCGAACAGAUGUUUGCCAGCAUCAGCGCCCAGUCGCCUCCUUUGGCCCAUUUCCCUGCUUCCCAACGUGUCACUUAUCUCUACUACCUUGGGCGCUAUCUUUUCUCCAACAAUCUCUUUUACCCUGCGCUGAUCGCCUUGCAAUCUGCCUAUGACCAAUGCCACCGCCAAGCACUCAGCCAGCGACACUUGAUUCUCACCUACCUGAUCCCGUGCAACAUCAUCAUGGGCCGUUUUCCAUCUCAAACACUCCUACAAAGGCCCGAGGCUCGGGGUUUGGCGGAACACUUUGAACCUUUGCGCCGUUUGAUCAUUCGCGGGGACUAUAUUGCAUUCCGCCAGCAUCUCUCCCUUGGCUCAUCGAAUGCUCAAUGGUUCUCACGAAAGGGAGUCCUGCUUGCCCUCCGUAACCGGUGUGAAAUCCUGGUGUGGCGGUCGUUCUGCCGAAGGGUAUUUAUCGAGGGUGGGUUUCACGGGGACACCCAGGCGAACGGGCAGCGUGGACCACCACCGUAUCUUUAUUUGCAGAAGCUGGCAGUGGCCACACGAUGGCUGAGAUCCAAGCAUGGGCAAUUGCCCAUCAAUGACAAUAGCAAUUCCAUCAUGGCGCAAGAUUAUGGGUCGCAGACUAUCUCCGAGCCAACGGAUCCUGAUUAUGCAGAUCUCGAAGACCCGAACCGCGCGACUGCCUCGGAUGCUGAUCAAAGUAUAUUGGAAAAAUAUGGCGACUAUAUUGCUCCGGAGAGUUUCUUUGGUGAGGGUGGUCAUUUACAGGAAAAUGUGCCGGGCCAUUUGGUCGAUGGCGAUCCGGACGCCGAUUUCGACGAUCUCGAAUUGGACCCGUAUGCUGAUAUUGAUGAUCUUGAAGCGGAUCAGCCUUCUCUUCUCAUGCGGGAAAUAGAAUCCAUCCUCUCUUCAUUACUUACACAGGGAUUGAUGCGCGGCUACCUCACGCACCGCAAUCCUCGAUUUGCAAUUCCCGGUGCCCGACUUCGGGGCGCUCUGCCGACGGGAUUCCCCAAUGUUUGGCAAACAAUCUCGGCCCGUGAAAAGGAGGACUCCAGCGUCCCCGGGUGGGUUCGGCCUCCACCGCGCACCACGUUUGGCGGCCCGGCAAUGGUUAGCGGUGGCCGGGUUGUGAAUCUCUCGGGGGCUCGACCGGUUGGAGUGCAGUAA